CCCUCCUGACAUCUGCAGGUGCCCACCGCGGGCACACAGUGGAAGCGACGCGCCGCCCCCCAGCUCUCGCCGCCUCCGCCGCGCAUCCGAAGGGGAGGGGAGCGGGCUCGGCACGACGGCGCGCUCGGCGACGCGCCAGGGAGACGCCACGGAGCUCCCCGAGGUGCUGCGCACGCAACUGGGGCCCGACUUCAAACCGGGGCCGAAAAAAGAGCGUGCCGCCGCGCAGGCGGGCUGCCCCCCGCCGAGCGCGACGGCUCGCAGCAGCGGCCACUGCCCCGCCGCAGCGGCGGGCUCCGCGGACGCGGGCGCGAGGCGCGGGGGCGGCGGCGAGGUCGCGCUCGGCGGGCGCGCCGCCGCACCGCAUGGGGCCGGCGGCCUCCGCCCAGGGGGCGAGCGGCAGGGGCACGCUCUUCCCUGACCAUGGUCUGUACAGCGGCUUGUCCACACACACACACACACACACACACGCACACGCACACGCACACACACACACACACACACACACACACACAAACACACACACACACACACACACGCACGCACGCACGCGAAACACACACACGGACACACACGGACACACGCGCGGUGCCAAGCAAAUGCUGAAAUCGAGGAGGCGCGGAAACCCGUCAGGGCUGCACACGCAGACACACCUCGAGCAAUGCCACACGAAAGCACGCCCUCACACAAGGCGCACACUGGCUGCAAAAAAACAGCAGCACACAUGCAUCUCCAACGACCAGCACCACUGGCCCAAUCAAAGGAAACUCACGAUGCGUCUGAACACAUAUUCUUUCCGGUGCAGCUGUAAAAAAAGCAAGAGUUUCAGUUCAAUCGCCAGGUUGAAGCUACCUCUGUGCGUCACCAAAGGUGCUCCUUUCUCCACCACCAAGAAAACGGGGCGACAGCGAGCCCACUUUGUGAGCUCGAUUCUGACGCAUAGCAGGGACUCCCCUCUGCCGAACAGACCGGCGACUGAAGACGCAUCUUCGAUCGAAUCCCCGCUCCGAACGCAGAUGAGCCGCAAAUCUGCGAAGCCCAGAGUGUGCUUGCGUUCUGGGGCCACCAACCUAUAUGCAAAACUUCUCAAAUCGAAACCUGUCACCGCAUUAUUGCUCAGCGCGUACCGCUGAUUAAAAUAAAUGGGUUCGCCGUUUAAUUGAUCCCAAGCCUUGCAGAACACGACACUUGUGCGAACUACUCGGGAAGCAUAAUCGAGCACGUCGCCGUCGCCUAUACCAUAUGCCUCCAAUGUUUUCGCAAACUCCAGCUGCGGAUGUCCCUUGCAAGAAAAGCGCAUGAGCGAUGCAAGCGGAGGGGUUCCACCAUGUGUGCGAUAGUCGUGCCAAGAUCCGCCUCGCCGCGAUGUGCCAUAGCAAAGUAUUUCCGCCACAUCACCAACUGUGAACUGCGGCUCCACGAAAAGUUCUGCAUCUCCGCUCGUGAGCUUACCUCUGACAACAACUUUUAUGCGGGUGGUCGACAUCCAACUACUGUAGUCCAAGUCGUGGGUAUAAGAUAAGCACACCGUCUCUGGGGGAAGCACCUCUAUCCUGCGGGAAAUCUCCUGGACGCUCGCCGCAUAGGUCGGGGUUCGGCGAAACUGCUCGCUCUUUGUCCACAAAAUGAGCGACGCUCGUUCCCCAGCGGUGAUGUUCAGCGCUCCGUGCCUCCGCUUCCCCGAGUGGACGACGCAACGGCCCUUGACGUGCUUGUAAGUGACAACCUGGCGACGGUGCUCCAGAGACGACAGCAUGCCACAGAACACAAGAUCACUGCCUUCGAAAGAGCCCGCAUCGGUGAGCCCAAAAUUAAAAGUCACAUCGCAUUCGUCCACGUGCAUGUCGAGGUGACGGUCCGUGUCCGGGCUGUACUGCACGACGAAGGUAUGGUGUGAGGAGAGGCUACUGCCCCCCCAGUCGUCAGUGCCCAGCGCCCUGUCGCCAACAGUCCGAGCACGGUCCUGGUCGUCCCCAAACAGCCGCGCGCCAAUGACCUGGAGGUAUCCUUCCAACAGCGCCGUAAAGAAAGGGCGCAUGCCGACUUCGUUCAGCACCAGCCCGUAAUUGUUCAUGCUGUUCGGCGCCCGCUGGGGAAGCCCGCUCGCCCGAUAGUGCCUCACCUCGUCCAUGAGCAUGUCGCAAAACCCUGGCGUGAGGCACUCGAACGAGACCACACCUGGUGCCUCGAGCCGCACGCCGGGCAGCGCGGCGACGUCGAGCGCGGCGGUGCGCUUCGUCUGCCGCCAUGCCGCCAGGCUCUGGCAGAACUCGUAGGGGCCAGCGAUCAAGAUCCUGGCCGCUGAAGAGCUCCCUGUGCGCCGCGAUCUCCGGGUAGCGGGCGGCCUCGCCAGUCCGCCCGAGCUCCCUCGACAGCUGCACGUGCCAGGGCUCGCGCGGAG